GUAAAGAGCAGCACGUCUUGAGUUCUACCGGAAUUCAACAGCCGAAGAAGAAGCUGCAGUCGGUCCACGUGAGUUCAGGAUGUCUCCACCGGGAGGAAAAAUCAACCGACCGAAAACCGAACUGGGGAAGAAGCUCUUCAAAAGGCGGCGAGUUCUGAGCAAAGAGAAAAGGAGGAAACGUCAGAUAGUCGGAGCCGUUAUUGAUCAGGGUCUAAUCACCGUCCAUCACCUGAAGAAGAGGAAGUCGAGUCCGAGAGCAAAUAUCACUCUGUCUGGGAAGAAGAAAAGAAAACUGCUCAAACAACUGCAGCAUAUUCAUCAGGAGAGGACGGGUAUGGAAGUUGAAGUGUUAGCAGCACCACCGAAGAAGAAACAGGACCCGUCUCCAGCUCCAUCCAGGAAGCAGCAGAAGAAGAAGCAGCAGAAGAAGAAGGGAGCAGCUGGGUCACAUGAGGACGUAGAAAUGGCCGACACCGAAUAAAGAGACUCGAUUAUCGUCUCUGAGACGCAGUUUGUUUAUUGGACGUUACACAGGAAGUUAUGGAAGACCAAAAUAAUGAGCUAUAAUAAUAAAAAUAAUGCAACCGUAAGCCCCGCCCCUUUUAGCUCUGUGCUCCAAUCACAGUUGAGCCUCAACUUCCUCCUUCCCUGUACACAGAUAUGCUAUGCUAGGCUAAUCUAUGUUGAAAAGACAAAUAUAUACAUAUAUAUUUAUUAAUAUAUAUUUAUAUGUGUAUAUAAUCACAUCUUAAAUAAGCUAAUGUUAGCAAAACUAGCUAACUAGCCACCAAACUCUCUGGCUAACAAUUGAUUAGCUAGCUAUCAAUCAUUAGGUGGCUAGUUAGCUAACUAAUCUACAUUAAUCGUUAGCCACCUCGUUACAUCUGAUAGCUAAUGCUAGCUGACAAGCUAACUGCUUGGCUAACGUUUGAUGUAGAUUAGUUAGCUAGCAUUUUGCUAUCUGUAGCUUUGUGUCAGUGACUAAAUUAAAAUCUUUACUUUUGUUUUCUUGUUUCCCAGCAGGCAUUAUUGGUCUUCCAUAGAAUCACAUCAGAAAAUAAGUUAAUGUCAAAUGUUUAGUUUUACGUCCUUCGGUUUGUAAAGACAAUAAAAUAAUAAUAAUGUAGAAUUGUGUCACAUUAACUCUGUUUAAUUAAACUUUAAUUAAAUACUG